UUUUUUAAAUGUUUCUCUAUGACUUCAACAACACCAGCAACAAAAAUAAAUGCAAUUUUAGCUAUUGAUGUUGGCACAACAAAUUUAAAAAUUUGUAUUUUCUCAAGUGAUAAAUGUAAAUUGGUGUGUAGCAGAACUGAAGAGUUUCUGAUGUGA